UCAGUAACUGUAUUUGUUCUUAGCAGUAUGAAUAAUAUCGACUUUAAUGGACCUGAGCUCUGUUUGAUUGACUCAGGCAUUAAGUCCCUCCAAAAAGUUCCCCUGAAACCUCAACUUCAGGUUCUAAAUCUACACAGUAACUUCAUCCACAGAAUUGAAAACCUCAUCCAUUUAAAGAAUCUAAAACACCUAGAUUUGUCUGCAAAUCAGAUCCGUGAAAUUGAAGGAAUUGAGAGUCUCAGAAAUCUCAGAACAAUCAAUUUGUCAUGCAAUCUUUUACGGGAUGUAAAAGGACUCGCUGGACUGAGGUCCCUUGUAAAGAUAAACCUGAGUUAUAACCAGAUCAGUGACAUAUCUGGUUUUAAAUCUCUUCAUGGAACUGAUUAUAAACUGUCACAUAUAGAGCUCCAUGGAAACAAGCUUACUUCUCUUCAGCACGUAAUCAAGUCCCUCAUUGGCUGCUCAAACUUACGACAGUUAACACUAAAUAUGGAUGGCUCCACCAACCCUCUAUGUUCAGAUCUAGAUCAGUAUAGAUCCAAGUUAUUAUCUGCCCUUACUCAGUUAGAAGCUCUAGAUGGAGUUAAUAGGCAGGGGGGAGCUGUUAGCAGCUUUGAUGUCUUAUCAGAUAUCCCAGGACUAGAGGACUACAUGGAUUUCCUAGUUUCUCAGUCUUCAUCAUCUCUCUCUGAAAGCAAAACUAUGGAUGUCAUUACUCCUAAGAUUGAUGAAGCUUUGGAGAAAUUCAAACAAAGGAAAUCAGGGAAUCUAUCUACUACAGACAUGGCAGUGUCAGAUGCCGAUACAAGUACAGGGGUCUCUAUUCAAAGUAGGCAGUCUAUGGUGGACCAGGAGACCAGGCUAGGAUUCCUAGAACAACAACUCGCACAGCUGAUCCAGGGGUCAAAGGUGACAGAAGACAGGAAAACACCUGUGACUGUACAUGUAGCAAAGAGAGAUGUAGAUACAACAGAUGAAAGUGACAUUGACUCUCUCUGUCAAAGGAGUAAAUCUCCCGGAAAUCGUAAAACAAGGAAGUCCCGAAUUCCAAGUUAUCGUAAAAGUACAGUGGCUUCAAGGUCUCGUAAGGAAGCAAGCAGUCCUAGCCGAGAAACAAGCAGUCACAGUCCAGCAGUUAACAGUGAUGAUGCAGCAGAGAGUUCAAUCAAGUGUGACAAAGGGAAAACCCAGAAAUGUCCGUCAGCUGUGAUGGUCACUGAAGCGCGGAUGAGAGAUGACAUUAAGUCAACCUAUGUUCAACUAAUGAAGGAAUUGGAAUCAGAAAGAGAGAGAAGGUGGAAGGCUGAGCAGGCAAGCAAGAAAUUACUGAACCAUAUACAGACUUUACAAGGAAAAGCUAAGGAAGGGGACGAACUGAAGGAUACUGCAAUAGAGGCUACGUCUCGCCUUAAACAAGCUCUGAUGAAUGAGAGAGAGGCCAAGCUAAGACUUCAGAAUGAUGUCGAGAAACUAAAAGAGCAUAUUCACGAGCUAAACAGGCAGUUAAAAAUUGCCAAGGAGACAGAGGAAAGUCUGAAGGGGAGUCUGAGGGCGCUAGAAGAAGUUACAGCUAAAAUGGAGAGGGACAAGUUACAGCAACAGACCCAUGAGCAAAAGAAGGCCCAGGAUGCUCAGAUGAAAGCAGCGGCAUUAGCUCGGGAACUAGAGCUGACAAAAGCCACAGCCGAAAAACAGAAAGGCCAGAUCUCACAGCUCCAAGAAUUGUUGGCAAAUAGGGAACAGCAACACAGGGAAGAAAUGAAGAAGAGAUAUAGUUUGGACAGCAAGGAGUUACAGGAAGUGAUUGCAGAUCACGUGAAAAAGGCCGAAAAGAACUACAGCCUGGAGGUCAAAUCUCAGAAUGAAAAGGUGGAUCUGCUGACUAAACAGUAUGCCGACUUGGAGGAUGAAUUUAGAAUGGCUCUUCAGAUCGAGGCAAAUAGAUUUAAAGAGCUUCAACAUGCAUUCCAGACGAUAAGUGAAGAGAAUGCGGAGAACAAGCAGGCUUUGUUAGCAGCUCAGCAGAAAGAUGAAACCUCAGCAGCCAUGAUUAGUGAGCUCUCCCAGCUUGUCAAGGAGCAGAAAGGUAGAAUAGCAGAGUUAUCUAAAGCCAAACAGGAACAGGCAGUGGAAUACAGGGACAGGAUUCAGAUGCUUGAAGCCCAUGUGGAGGAAGCUAGAAAAAGAAUGUUACAACUAGAGCUUCUGAAACAGGACAAGACCAAAUUACUGGCACAGGUAGAAGCCCAGGAGUCAGUUAUUUGUGGUCUGAGGGCUGAGAGGAAAUUAUGGGGCCAGGAACUAGCACAACAAGGUUCUUCUCUGGCCCAGGAUCGAGGGAGACUGGAGUCUAAGAUCGAGUCCCUCAACUCGGAGGUCACAAUCCUCAAGAAAAACCUAGAGAGAGAGACUGAUGCUUUAAAGAUAAAAACAAAAAUGCUGGAAGAUCAGACAGAGACUAUUAGGAAAUUAAAGGAGGCUGUGAUGGAGAGAGAUGAGGAAAUUAAGAGAACUCGUGAGGAAGCCUUGAAGACCCAGAGAAAUCUAGAGGAACAGUUAUCAGAGGAAAGGGCAACUAUGCAGGAAAAUCAGGAAACUUUGGAGAGGUUAAGGGAACGCAAACAAGAACUUAAACAAGAAACUCUGGAUCUAAAAGCAGAACUAGAGGAUUCUAAAAAGGCUCACAGCAUUCUUAACAAUAAAUGGAAGGAAAAGUCUCAACUGAUUGGUCAGUUGGAGAAACAGGUGACUGAGAUGAGGGAUAACUGGGAAAGCAAGGAGAAAAAGCUCACUGAGGAGAGAGACAAGGCAAUACAGGCAGCUAAUAUUGCUAUAGAGAAGCUGAAGACAGUGGAUGAUGCCUUCAGGCACCAGCUUGAGAGUAAAGAAAUGAAACACAGAGAGGAUAUGGCUCAACUGGAAGAGGAAAAACAGAUGGAACUAGAACAGGCCAAUCAAAGGAUUGCAGCAGUUGAGGAUGAAAUGAGGGAACUUCUUCAAGAAACUCAGGCCAAUAAAAAAGCAAUGGAGGACAGGGUGAAACGACUGACCAGAGCCAUGGCUGAGCUCCAGUCAGAUCUGAUUUAAACUUACCCAGUAAUAACCUUGACAGAACUCAUGUCUGACCAGAGCUAUGGCCGAGCUGUAAUCGAAUCUAUUUAAACUGGAUAGCUGGAUAGUAGAAAGGUGACAUUGGGGUCAAAACUGAGCUCAUUUAAGUUUUGUAUCCCCGGGGCCACGACUAACAUACCUACAACUGGUUACCCAUAAUGGAGCUCAAAUAAAAUCGGUUUGUUAAUGAUGACAAAGCUCCACAUAUAUGCUUAUUGAUGGGAAAAUUCCAGAAGUGGUUUGCCUUAUCCAUCUGGAGCCACAGGCAUAUCUGGAUCAUUGUGGUUUGCUGGUUCACCAUGGCUCAAUGGUGCUAUGGCUUGCUAGCUGAUUAUGAAUAGUUCUAGUCCUAUUUUUUUUCUUUAAGUUAAUGAAAAUAUUAAAGUUUUGUCUGGAUCAUAAGUUAAUAACAUACAGGUUGUAGAAGUUUACAAUUAUAAAUGAUACAAAUUUAACUCUAAGGUCAGAUGGUGUGUUAUAACUUUAAACCAAUUUAUUGGUCAUCCGUUAUAUUUGACAGUGUAAAAUUGCUUUACAAUUGAUGUAUAAUUUACUGUUUUUUUCUUCACUUGUUUUAAGUAAUCCUGUAAAACCAUCCCUUGUUUAAUCUGGUUUUGUCAAGAUAUUGCACCAGUCACAUAUGAUCAAUGGCUAUUUUUAGAAACAAUAUGGACUGAACUAGAAUACAUUGUUACAGCUCCCAUAAGACAGCUUUUCUGAUAUACAUGUAAUAACAACGUAUCUGUUCUACAAUAUCCCUUUAAAUGGCAUUAAAAAAGAGAUGUAGAUUUCAGGGGCUGAUGGGCAUCAUUUUUGUUAAUCUGUGAAAAGUUGGGAAUAUAUCAGCUAAAUGACUGAUUUUCUGUGCAUUACUGAUAUGUUUGAUGAACAAUAAUCCAGGAGUACAAUUUCUUUGAG